AAAACCAAGAAAGUUAGCGAAGAACAUAGAGUAACCGUACAGAAAUUACACACAAUUGUUAGGAAAGAGAACAAUUUGAACGAUCUUCUUGUGAAAUGGAACCUCUGGAAGGUUUUGCGUAUUGUUGCACGGGUUUUCAGAUUCGUGUCUAACACAACGAAGCGGGGGAAAACGAAAGGCGUUCUGACUACCAAUGCGAUUAAUAAUGCUGAAACGUUCUGGAUAAAACUCGUUCAGGAAGAAGCGACCAAAGAAGAAAACCAUUCAGCUAUAGCACCUAAGCUGGGUUUGGAAGCAGAUGAAAAGGGAGUACUAAGGUGCAAAGGACGGAUAAUCGGGGAGCAUCCAGUCUACCUUCCAAGAAAUCAUCGCUUCUCGAGUCUCGUGGUUUCUGAUGCCCACGAACGUACUCUCCACGGAGGAGUAGGGCUAACGAUGGCCAAAAUUCGACAGAAAUGGUGGAUCGAGAAGCUGAGAUCCCUGGUCAAGUCGGUGCUACACAAGUGCAACACAUGUGUGAAGUACAGAGCAAGGAAAAUGGAAAAUGGAAGGGAAAUGCUACGUGGCAUUGUACACUUGUGCUACAUCUCGAGCUGUACACCUUAA